CCCAUCACUGCUAAAAUCAUCGAGACCCUGCUCAUAAGGCUGGGAUGUCGAUGUGUCGUGGUUGCGGACGGGUCGGAAGCCAUCAGCGUCGCCAUGGGCGAUAUCAAAUUUGACUGCAUACUGAUGGACUUACACAUGCCGGUCGUCGAUGGCGAGAGCGCUGCUCGGUAUAUCAAAAGUACUAAUAACAAGAACACGAGCACUCCGAUCAUCGCCGUGAGCGCGUACAGCGGCAUCGACAACAACGACGCGAGCAAUUUGUUCGCGGCCUCGCUCGCGAAGCCUUUGCAGAAAGCCAGUCUGCUGGCGGCCAUGCGCCAGCUCGGGUUCAAGACAUCGACCGCACCCGAAUCGGCCCAUGGGACCGGCAAAACAUUGACCACGCGAUGACAUUACGAUUAACGACACUCCUUCCUCAACUGCGCAUCUGUUUUUUUUUUCUUUAUGUUUUUUUCUCUCUCUCUCUUUCUCUCUCCCUAUGGAUUUCAAUGUCUAUUUCACGCUCUGCAACACUCUCAUCUUCGUUCCUCUCUCUCUCACUCUCUCACUAUGGUUUUUUUUUGUCAUAUCAGCAUCAAUCACAUUUCUUUUUCUCAGCAUCCCAAUCCCCCCUUGCCCUCUGCCCACCACGCCACCCCUUCUGCCGUCAAUCGUCCUCCACCGUCACCCCCACCUCGCAUCGCUCACCUGCAUUGUACGCUAGAAAUUAUCGAGACACAUUUAGUGCGUGCGCUAUUUGCCUGUACACAAUUCCAUCUUUUCAGCGUUGAACCG